CGUCCCUCUUGAACUGAUUGUCGCGACCCCUCCCAGCCUCAGCCCUACCAACAAUUCCCUGCAACUCGGAGCAAGCGCUGCGCAAUUCACCACCUCAUUUGAAUUUAGCAGUCUGGCAUCAACAAAACUUCAGCUCGAAAUCGCUCGGACAGGGACCGCAAGCUUAGGCUAUCAUCCAGGAAUCCUUUCAGACUCGUCAUUCAAUACCUCUGCUGCUUCUCCAGGAUUGGGAUUGGUCAAACAUAACCCCACCAACCUCAGCUACAUCACCUGCUGAAGAUUAUUAGUCCGCCUUUCACUGUUGUCUUGUAAGGCUCUCCCAUUCGCCAUCGGAGACUGUCGCUGCUGCAACACUGUCCCGUAGUCACUCAGCAAUUAUGCCGGUACAAUUUGCUGCGAAGAGGCUGGGGAAGGAAUUGAAUAAGAUCCAAAAUGGCCUCCCACCUGGUAUUGAGCUCAUCUCCGCGGACAACUUGGAAGAGUGGCUCCUGGAUAUACGAGUCCUCGACAACAACCCGCUUUACCUCAACGAUACAUAUCGACUAAAGUUCCGAUUCGGCCAGUCAUACCCCAUCGAGCCUCCCGAAGUGGUAUUCGUCAAGCAAGCCGACCGGCCGAUUCCGAUCCACCCGCACAUCUAUUCCAACGGAAUCAUCUGUCUCGACCUACUCGGUCAACAGGGUUGGAGUCCCGUGCAAAGCGUGGAAAGUGUGUGCAUGAGCCUACAAAGCAUGUUGACCGGGAACACCAAGAACGAACGACCUCCCGGCGAUGAGGAAUUUGUUCGCGCCAACAAGCAGCGCCCCAAGGAUAUCGAGUUCUAUUAUCACGACAAUACCGUCUAGAGGAAGAACGGGGGU